AUGGCCGAUAACGGAGCCCAACCCCCAGAUGAGCUAGAUCGCUUUAGCAACUUCUUUCCCCUACCGUUUCGUGUCGCAAUUCUUCUUGUGGCAGGCUUUUGGGGAUGGGGUAUUAACCUCCACUACUUGUCACUGGCGAAAAUAGAUGUUCCUGCUCUAAUUCGAUAUCCCUCUCGAUCUUCACCCCAUCAAUUAACACACCAUCAAUCGACAUAUCGCCUAGCGACGCUUCUCUCAUUACCUCUAGGAGUCUUUCUACUUCUUUUCUGGAUAAUAACCCACGGCUCGUCAGAGAGGGUACAAGCAUGGGAAAUCAUUCCCCAAAGCUACAUCGUUCUAUUCUUGGUCAUUCUACUAUUCCCCUUCCAUCGUCUUUCACGAAACGGACGCAGUAGAUUUUUCGCCUCUCUCCGACGGAUCAGUGUAGGCGGGUUGGCCGAAGCGCAAGAUGGGAAAUUUGGAGAUGUUCUUUUGGCGGAUGCGCUGACGAGUUAUUCCAAGGUUCUGGCGGAGAUAUAUAUCAAUUAUUGCAUGUUUUUCUCCUCGAGUGAAUCGAGCACAGGAAAACCGGAUCGGAUGUGCGGGGGAAGGAUUGUAGUUCCCUUGCUCAUUGCGAUUCCGUAUGCGAUUCGUUUCAGGCAGUGUCUGAUUGAAUUCUUUCGUGUGCGACGAGGCGGGCAUAAAAGUGACGGCUGGGGUGGACAGCAUUUGGCCAACGCGCUCAAGUAUGCUACGUCGUUUCCCGUGAUUAUAUUCAGCAACUUGGAGCGGAAUUAUAGCCAAGAAACGACCCAUGUUCUUAGUGAAGUCACUGUUUCGCGUCUAUGGGCCCUAUCAUGUUUCAUCAACUCCGCAUACUCAUUCUACUGGGACGUCACAAAAGAUUGGGACCUCACCCUCCUCUCCUCAAACACCCGCACCUGGCGGCAUCAGGACUACCCAUUCGGCCUUCGGCCACGCCGCAUUUUCCCCCGGGACGAAAUGUACUACGGCGUUGUUGCCAUUGAUUUGAUUCUGAGAUUUACCUGGAUGUCCCGCCUUUCACCUCACUUGGAUAAAGUGAAUAACUUUGAAAGUGGGAUUUUCCUGCUUAUGUUUUUAGAGAUUGCUAGACGGUGGAUGUGGAUUUUCUUUCGAGUUGAGACUGAAUGGGUUCGGAGUAAUCGCGGUCCUGCGCUGGAUGAUGUAUUACUGAGCGAUUUCAACGGGAAAUUUGAUGACGAUUAA